AUGGCUUCAUUUGGUGCACUUUUAAUAAUGUUGCCAGUUGCAUUUGCAUGCACACCACAGAAAGCAGAUUAUGUUGUAGUGUCCUGUUUUCCCAACACCAUCAUUGCCAACGUCCCAGAGUGUCCUUACGGCUGGGAGAUAGAACAGCUUUCUCUGGGUGGGGUCUGUUAUACGGGAAUACACAGCCCAGGUUACUACCGCUUCAUCAUCCCAGACCUAACUCCCAAAAACCACUCGUACUGUGGCACGCAAUCUGAGUACAUGCCAGGCAAAGACCCCAAGUACAUCUUCUAUAACUCCAUUGUGUCCAACGAUACUUCGCUGACGGUCAGAAACCAGCCGGUCAACUACACCUUCAGCUGCAUGUACCGAGCAGCCUACCUGGUAAAUAACGCUGUGUUCAGCCAGAGAGUGGCUACAGUUUAUGUCAACAAUGGGAGUUUAGGCACUUUUAGAUCACAGUUGUCUAUGAACGUGUUCACGAAUUCAAAGUUCCUGUAUGCUAAGGAUGCUCCCUACGUGAUUGACAUGUCUGAGAUCGGCUCUGAAGUUUUUAUUGGCAUUGAGGCAAAAGGUUUAAGUAACAGGUUUAAAGUUGUGAUAAACAACUGCUGGGCCACUCCAACUCCUUACUCAACAGACAGGAAGAGGUGGAGUCUCAUUAUCAACAGCUGCUCUGCUGACAACACUGUGACCAUUUUUGAGAAUGCCAAAGAUAGCCGCUCCAUGUUCAAGUUCAACUCUUUCCGCUUCCAACGGCUGGAGAAAGUUUCCACUGUCUGGCUUCACUGUGAGGUCCAGAUCUGUGAUGGAGAGCGGCUCAACUGUCAGCCGAGCCCGUGCUCUGUGAGGAGUUUGUCAUCAGAGGUAGAUCCAGAUGGAGGAAUCCUUACAGCUGAGUUCCAGAUUAAAGGCAGCGGGUCGUCUAAUCAUGGACACAUAACAGGCGCCUCACUACUCAUCCUUCUGCUAGUCCUCAUGAACACAUGUUGCGAAUUGAUCGGUGGAUCAAAAAUAUAGAACGGAAA